AUGUUGCAAUUCCUUUUCCUGGUCUUCACGCCCAUAUCCCGCCUCAUCCUUCUCGUCGUCAAUCAACUACGUUUACAUCCGUCAGCCGCUACUUCCCUAGAGCCGGUGACCUCAAGACUCCUCAUCCCCGAGGCCGUAGACGCACCCGUAGAGAACUCCUCUCCACCGCUUCCUGCGGAACCUAUCUCAGAAAAUCGUGCACAGACAGCCCUUCCUCCGAUAUGGGACGAUCCCCAGUUGUCACCUAAGAUCAAGAUGGCGUGUGCGGUAGCACGCGAGGCGGGCUUCCGGUAUAUCUGGAUAGACUCAUGCUGCAUCGACAAGGUGAGCAGCUCAGAGCUCUCAGAGGCCAUCAAUUCGAUGUAUGCGUGGUACGGGGACGCAGACAUUUGCCACACGUAUCUGGCCGAUGUCCCUCCCGGCGAUGCACCUCAUUCAGAGGACUCAUCCUUCCGCGAGAGCCGUUGGUUCAGGCGCGGAUGGACACUCCAGGAGCUCAUCGCACCCGCCGAAUUGAUGAUUAUUUGA